GACAGAACAUGGAUACUCUUACUCUUCGCGGCACCCUUGAAGGUCACGGCAACUGGGUCACUGCCAUCGCCACUACCUCUGAGGCACCCGACAUGGUCUUGUCCGCUUCCCGCGACAAGUCCAUCAUCGUCUGGCACCUUAUCAGAGAUGAGUUGAACUACGGUAUCCCCCGUAAGUCUCUCCUCGGUCACUCCCACUUCGUUGAGGACAUUGCCAUCUCUUCCGAUGGUCAGUUCGCCUUGUCCGCUUCCUGGGAUAAGACUCUCCGUCUCUGGGACUUGAACACCGGCACCACCACCCGCCGUUUCGUUGGCCACACCAACGAUGUUCUCUCCGUUUCUUUCUCUGCCGAUAACCGUCAGAUCGUUUCCGGAUCCCGUGACAAGACCAUCAAGCUCUGGAACACCCUUGGUGAGUGCAAGUACAACAUCACCCAGGAUGGUCACUCCGAGUGGGUCUCCUGCGUUCGCUUCUCUCCCAACCCUGCCAACCCCGUCAUUGUUUCCGGUGGCUGGGACAAGAUCGUCAAGGUCUGGGAUCUCACCAAGUUCAAGUUGAGAACCAACUUCAUCGGCCACAAGGGUUACGUUAACACUGUCACCGUCUCCCCCGAUGGUUCCCUCUGCGCUUCCGCCGGUAAGGACGGUAUUGUCAUGCUCUGGGAUCUUAACGAGUCCAAGCACCUUUACACCCUUGAGGCCGGAGAUGUUGUCAACGCCUUGACCUUCUCCCCCAACCGUUACUGGUUGUGCGCUGCCACUGCCUCCUCCAUCAAGAUCUGGGAUCUCGAAUCCAAGUCCCUUGUUGAUGAGCUCCGUCCCGACUUCGCUCAGGUUGGCAAGAGAAAGACUCGCGAACCCGAGUGUCUCUCCGUCGCCUGGUCCGCUGAUGGCUCCACCCUCUUCUCUGGCUACACCGAUAACCUCAUCCGUGUCUGGCAAGUCUCCCGCACUCUCUAAAGAAUUAAGAAGACAGACAUGCCUUUCUUUUCCUCCUUCUUUUUUUUUAAGGGCCUAGUGCAAAAAUAAAAUAAAUAAAGUGUUUUGUAUUUGAUUUGACGAAUUGAAUUGAAUUGAAAUAUUACAUGAAGAAGUUUUAUAGCAAUUAUCUAUAAUCUGUUGUGUAUAAUAAAUGUUAUAAAUUUUAUAUACUUG